GGCCCUGGCAUCAGUUGACGUUUGUCGGUUCAAGAGUUACCAGUGAAGAAAAAUCAUUGCAAAAAAGAUGGCCGGUGACAUGAUGAGGUUCACUAUCGGUGUUGUCUGCGUUGCCGUCGUACUACUGUCUUUAGCAGAACUCAGCGAAGCAAACUACAAAAACGCUCCUAUGAACGGAAUAAUGUUUGGAAAGAGGGGACCUUCUGAAUAUGAUUCCCGGGGCAAAACCUUUACCGCUCUAUGUGAAAUCGCCACGGAAGCAUGUCAAGCGUGGUUCCCGUCUCAAGAAAACAAAUAAAAAAGGCUACUUCAUGGAACUUUACGCAACUAUACC